AUGAAGCGCCGGGCUACCGAGGAAUCACCAGCAGAGACCAGACCCGGAAAGCGACCCGCAGAAGCGGUGGACACUGCUAAAUCCUCCUUUUAUGGGCAUGGAUUACAAAAUAGCGGAACUGGACAUAUCACAGUGGGACGGGAUAUAAAUAUAGGCAACUGGACGGAGAAGCGCUGGGACUGUCAACGCGACCUCUUUGUGACAGAUCCCUAUGAGGAUAAGAAAGCAUUAAAACGCAAGAAAGGAGGCUACGCUCCCGGAACCUGCGAGUGGAUACUCCGCACCAAAGAACUAACAGCUUGGCUUGGUUCUGGACCGACGGUCGACUCUGAGAGACAGGCGCCCCAGGUCCUAUGGCUCUUUGGGAACCCAGGAACUGGUAAAUCAAUUAUGGCCAUGUACCUUACGGAGGAGCUGCCUGAAACUUUUUGCAACACGGACGGUGAAGCGCUAAUCUACUUCUUCUGUGACUCUGGCUUCGACAAACGGAAGACUGCGACCUCGAUUGUCAGAGGCCUUCUCUAUCAGCUGGUUGGGCAGCACCAGCAGCUUCUUGAUUACCUCCUGCCUAAAUACUACGAGCGUGGGGCUGAGCUCUUCAUGUCCUUCGACGCCCUCUGGGAGAUAUUCAUGGCUAUGGUGGCGGAUCAGAACACGGGUCGAAAAUACUGCAUUAUUGACGCGCUGGAUGAAUGCGAUCGAGAAUCACAAAAGACUCUUUUACACCAGUUUGAAGAGACCUUUCAGAGCGAAAAUAUCUCGCCUAAUAUCCGGAUAUUGAUCACUAGUAGGCCAUAUACCGAGAUACGUGAAAGCUUGCAAAGCUUCCCGCAUAAAGAUUUAGCUUCUUUCUCCGAGAGACAGGAGGACAUUGAUCUUUUCGUCAAAGAGAGAAUUAGCCAGUUGGCAAGAAGAAAAAACUACACCGAAAAGGUGAAAGUCCAAGUCCACGAAAUUCUCAGAGACAAGGCCGAAGGUACUUUCCUCUGGAUUGGCUUAGCGUGUGACGAGCUAAAGGAUGUCCCUUCAAACCACGUCAUCCGUACUUUACAAAACAUACCAAAAGGGCUUAAUUCAAUCUAUAAUAAGCUUCUUGAGACGGCCCUAAAACAGAAUGAGAUAAGGAGCGAUGAUAUCCGACGCCUCCUAAGCUAUAUGGCUGUUAGUUCGCGACCACUGACUGUGUCGGAGCUCUGUGAAGCAUGCCAAAUGUACCAGGAGGAAGAAGAUUUUGAGACAAGGAUCCAGUUCACACACGACAAUAUCGACUCUUGCCGCUUGUUAAUCAUCAUUCAGGACGAAAAGGUUCUUUUAUUACAUCAAUCAGUGAAGGACUUCCUGGUUGGGGCUGGCUCGGGAUAUUUUAUAGAAGUGUCCGAAACACAUGCCCGCCUUGCAUAUCGCUGUAUUGAUCUCCUCAUUAAGCAGUUCUACAGCACAAAUCAACCGCAUACCAGCUUCUCCGAUUAUGCGACUCUAGAAUGGGCUAACCAUGCGCGCAUGGCUAAGUCAAAUUUUAAGGUCCAGUAUUCGCAAGCGCAGUUUUUCCAGAUUGAUUCUCCUUGUCGAGAGCGUUGGCUACAGGACUUAAGGUCUUCCACUUCUAUCUACAAAGUGAUUCCAGAUGAUUUCUCUAUCUUUCACGUGGCUGCGCAGUGGGGGGUUUCCGCUUUAGUGGAUUAUGCCUCUGACUUAGAAGCUCAGCUAUCCGACACAGAGAAGUCGAUUAAUGUUGUUCAUAUUGAUUGCAUGGAUAGUGAGGGUAGCAUUCCCCUUGAACGCGCUGCUCGGUCGACAUAUAUAGAUGUCGUUGUUGCCAUUUUGGGUCGGGGAGGGAAAGUGACCGCAGAAGUGGUGGAGGAGGCGGCUGGAAAUAUGCACAAUGGCAAAGAAAUGAUGGCACUGCUUCUCGAUCGCCGCCGGGACCAGAUCACUACCACCAACGAGGUGGUGACGGCUGCGGCUAAAAACGAUGUGAGUGGCAAAGAUGUGAUGGCACUACUUCUCGACCACUACGGAGACCAAAUCACUAUCACCGAGGAGGUAGUGAGAUCUGCCGCUCAAAACUGGGGGAAUGGCAAGGAAUUGAUGGCACUACUUCUCGACCGCUACGGAGACCAGAUCACUAUCACCGAGGAGGUAGUGAGAGCUGCCGCUCGAAACUCUGGGAAUGGCAAAGAAGUAAUGGCACUACUUCUAGACCGCUACGGAGACCAGAUCACUAUCACCGAGGAGGUAGUGAGAGCUGCCGCUCGAAACUCUGGGAAUGGCAAAGAAGUAAUGGCACUACUUCUAGACCGCCGCGGAGACCAGAUAACUAUCACCGACGAGGUAGUGAGCGCUGCGGCAGGCAAUUGGCGUAGUGGUAAAGAAGUGAUGGCACUGCUUCUCGACCGCUGCGGGGACCAGAUCACUAUCACUAACGCGGUAGUGCGGGCUGCGGCUGGAAAUAGGCUUAAUAGCAAAGAAGUGAUAGCACUACUUCUCGACCGCCGCGAAAACCAGAUCAAUAUUACCGACGAGGUAGUGACGGCUGCGGCUAGAAACGAAGAGAGUGGAAAGGAAGUGAUAGCACUACUUCUUGACUGCUACGGCGACCAGAUCAAUAUCACUGACGAGGUGGUAAAGGCUGCGGCUAGAAAUAUGCACAAUGGCAAAGAAGUGAUGGCACUGCUUCUCGAUCGCCGAGGAGACCAGAUCACUAUCACCGACGAGGUGGCGAUGGCUACGGCUGGAAACGAAGAGAGUGGAAAGGAAGUGAUGGCACUACUUCUCGACCGCUACGGAGACCAAAUCACUAUCACCGACGAGGUGGUGAAGGCCGCGGCUAGAAAUAUGCAUAAUGGCAAAGAAGUGAUAGCACUGCUUCUCGAUCGCCGCGGAGACCAGAUCACUAUCACUAACGAGGUGGUGACAGCUGCGGCUAGAAACGAGGUGAGUGGAAAGGAAGUGAUGGCACUACUUCUCGACUGCUACGGAGACCAAAUCACUAUCACCGACGAGGUGGUGAAGGCUGCGGCUAGAAAUAGGCUUAAUGGCAAAGAAGUGAUGGCACUGCUUCUCGAUCGUCACGGAGACCAGAUCACUAUCACCGACGAGGUGGUGACGGUUGCGGCUAGAAACGAGGAGAGUGGAAAGGAAGUGAUGGCACUGCUUCUCGACUGCUACGGCGACCAGAUCAAUAUCACUGACGAGGUGAUAAAGGCUGCAGCUGGAAAUAGGUCUGGCCAAGAAGUGAUGGCACUGCUUCUCGACCGCCGCGAAAACCAGAUCAAUAUCACCGACGAGGUGGUGUGGGCUGCGGCUGGAAACGAAGAGAGUGGAAAGGAAGUGAUGGCACUACUUCUCGACCGCUACGGAGACCAAAUCACUAUCACCGACGAGGUGGUGAAGGCCGCGGCUAGAAAUAUGCAUAAUGGCAAAGAAGUGAUGGCACUGCUUCUCGACCGCUACGGAGACCAGAUCACUAUCACCGAAGAUGUAGUGAGAGCUGCCGCUGAAAACUGGGGGAAUGGCAAAGAAGUAAUGGCACUACUUCUAGACCGCCGCGGAGACCAGAUAACUAUCACCGACGAGGUAGUGAGCGCUGCGGCAGGCAAUUGGCACAGUGGUAAAGAAGUGAUGGCACUGCUUCUCGACCGCUGCGGGGACCAGAUCACUAUCACGGACGAGGUGGUGAUAGCUGCGGCUAGGAACGAGGUGAGUGGAAAGGAAGUGAUAGCACUACUUCUCGACUGCUACGGAGACCAAAUCACUAUCACCGACGAGGUAGUGAGCGCUGCGGCAGGCAAUUGGCGUAGUGGCAAAGAAGUGAUAGCACUGCUUCUCGACCGCUACGGAGACCAGAUCAAUAUCACCGACGAGGUGAUGAAGGCUGCAGCUAGAAAUAGGUCUGGCCAAGAAGUGAUGGCACUGCUUCUCGAUCGCUACGGAGACCAGAUCAAUAUCACCGACGAGGUGAUAAAGGCUGCAGCUGGAAAUAGGUCUGGCCAAGAAGUGAUGGCACUGCUUCUCGAUCGCUACGGAGACCAGAUCAAUAUCACCGACGAGGUGAUGAAGGCUGCAGCUGGAAAUAGCUCUGGCCAAGAAGUGAUGGCACUGCUUCUCGACCGCUACGGAGACCAGAUCACUAUCACCGACGAGGUAAUGAAGGCUGCAGCUGGAAAUAGCUCUGGCCAAGAAGUGAUGGCACUGCUUCUCGACCGCUACGGAGACCAGAUCACUGUCACAGAAGAUGUAGUGAGAGCUGCCGCUGAAAACUGGGGGAAUGGCAAAGAAGUAAUGGCACUACUUCUAGACCGCCGCGGAGACCAGAUAACUAUCACCGACGAGGUAGUGAGCGCUGCGGCAGGCAAUUGGCACAGUGGUAAAGAAGUGAUGGCACUGCUUGUUGACCGCUACGGAGACCAGAUCAAUAUCACCGACGAGGUGAUGAAGGCUGCAGCUGGAAAUAGCUCUGGCCAAGAAGUGAUGGCACUGCUUCUCGACCGCUACGGAGACCAGAUCACUGUCACAGAAGAUGUAGUGAGAGCUGCCGCUGAAAACUGGGGGAAUGGCAAAGAAGUAAUGGCACUACUUCUAGACCGCCGCGGAGACCAGAUAACUAUCACCGACGAGGUAGUGAGCGCUGCGGCAGGCAAUUGGCACAGUGGUAAAGAAGUGAUGGCACUGCUUGUUGACCGCUACGGAGACCAGAUCAAUAUCACCGACGAGGUGAUGAAGGCUGCAGCUAGAAAUAGGUCUGGCCAAGAAGUGAUGGCACUGCUUCUCGACCGCUACGGAGACUAG